AUGUCGCACAGUUUCAGCUCUGUCAAAGAUGUUUGGAUGUCUUACAAUAACCUGUCCUCGGCUCAGGGAAAAGUUGUUCUGCUGGCAGUGGUGAUUUGCAUUAUCAGUAAGAUUUGGAAGGCGAGAAAUGUUAGAAGGUUUGAAGAUAAGAAUAUUAUUUGGUCCUCCUUGAUUAAUGAAGUCAAGAUCGAGGUUGCCUUCUCUGGUAAUAACACUCCGAAGGUUGGGUCGAACUCGAUUAUGGAUUUCAAACUUCUUAACUAUUUCAACAUUAAAGUUCACCCUCCAAAUGAGGUUUAUGUUAAAGAAUUUUUGUGGCAUCCUCCUAUCCUUCAGUGGAUCAAAUGCAAUACGGACGGUGCGGCUUCAGGAAUUCCUUUGCGUGCGGCUUGUGGUGGUAUUUUCCGAGACCAUGUAGGCAAUCAUAAAGGAAAAUUCUCUAAAUUCACUGGUGCUGGGAGUUCUUUGGUGGAAGAACUGUACGGGGCUAUGCUUACGGUCGAAAUUGCGAAAUAG